AUGCGCUUCCUCUCCGCGCGACGCGCCCUGCCGACAGCGCUGCGUCAGUACGCAACAUACUCGCGUAGCCCGCUGAUCCGCAUCAAGAAUGCGACCUUCUACCGCAACCAUCCAGGCUCGCACAGCGAUGAAUCACCGAACCCACCGCUGUACCCGGGCCUCAACUUUACUCUCCCCGCCAAGUCGAGACCCAACCAGCAUUGGGCCAUCCUGAGCCCGAAUUCCGCCAACCGCACCGCCUUUCUGCAGAUUCUGCGCGGCCAGCACAUCAGCAUCCCGCCCUCCGCCCGUUCCUACCCCUACCUGCUCGCCGAUGAGGUCGCGAAGAAGGACCCCCGCCUGCGCAAUCCCCACAAUGCGAUCCAGUACGUCGGCUUCGACGCCGAGCGUGGCGGCCUCCCGGGCGGCGCCAGCACCAAGGGCGCCUACAUGAGCGCGCGCUAUGAGAGCAUGCGUGAGGUGACGGACUGGAGUGUGCGCGACUACCUGCUGGGCAAGACGGAGCUGAAUGCGGACGAGAGCCUGGCGGUGCGGCCACCGGCGGACAUGGUCGAGCGCGUCAUGGAUGACCUCAACCUAGAGGCGCUGCAGGACAUGCCCGUCAGCCACCUGAGCAACGGGCAGACACGCCGCGCCCGCAUCGCCAAGGCCUUGCUGGCCCGCCCGGAGCUGCUUCUGCUGGACGCCCCGUUCAUGGGCCUGGAUCCCGUCAGCCUGGAGUACCUGUCCGACCUGCUGCAUCGCAUGGCCGAGGCCCGCGAGCCGCGGCUGGUGCUCUCGCUGCGGCCGCAGGACGUCAUUCCCGAGUGGAUCACGCACUUCGUCGUCGCCGGCGCCCAUCCCAAGGCCAGCGUGAUGGGUGACCGCCAGGAGAUCUUCGAAUUCCUGAGCGAACAUUACAAGCGGACCAACGAGACCGAUUUCGAGUUCCGUACCGCGUAUUGGAAGAUGACCGGCAAGAACCCGCAACUGACCUGCAAGUUCCACGGAGAACGUGUGGUGGACGUCCUCGAUGAACAAGCAGACGAGAUCGUGGCGCUCUACGACAUUGCUCGGAAGAUGGACGCCAAGGGCGACUUUGAUGUUCUCGCUACAAACCCAGAGGCUGCGGAUGUCCGUGCUAAGCUCAGACGACCGGUGGCCACCAAUCCCGAUGCUCACACAAGAGAUGGCAUAUCUUAUUACGACACCAAAAGAUAUUUACCAGGAGAGACUAUAAUAGAGAUGAAAGGUGUACAGAUCAAGUAUAACGAUAGCGAAAAUCCUGUCCUAGGAGAUUGGAGGGGUGGUCUGUAUUGGGAGGUAAGAAGAGGGCAGCGUUGGGGAGUGUUUGGACCAAACGGCUCGGGCAAAACUACACUACUCUCGCUCAUAACGUCCGACCACCCGCAGACCUAUUCUGCACCGGUAAAGCUUUUCGGCCGUUCCCGCCUGCCGGAGCUAGGCUCGCCUGGAAUAUCUAUUUUCGAGGUGCAAUCCAGAAUGGGCCAUUCCAGCCCAGAGGUGCACACGUACUUCCCCAAACACCUCUCCGCCCGCCGCGUCCUCGAGUCCGCAUGGGCGGACACGCCCCUCUCCAAACCGCGGCUCGACUACGAGGUGGACGAGAAGGUGAACGCGUGCCUGCGCUGGUUCCGCGGCGAGCUGUGUCCGGAGCAGGGCGACACGCUGGACAUGCGCGGCGAAACCUUCUGCUCGUCGCGCAAGACCCGGGCGAAGAGCCAGCAGUCGCGCUGGCUCGAGUACACGGCGACGACGCUGCGCGACGAAGAAACGCUGCUGUACCCGUCGCUCGACUGGGCCGACACGCUGCGCUUCGGCGACAUGACGUUCAGCGCGCAGCGCGUCGCCCUCUUCCUGCGCGCCAUCAUCAAGGCGCCCGACCUCGUCAUCCUCGACGAGGCCUUCUCCGGCAUGGACGAGCUCGCGCGCGACAAGUGCAUGCUCUUCCUCAACCACGGCGAGGCCAUGACGAUGCGGCACCUGACGUCGUCGGAGCGCCCCCGCCUGCGGCCCCACGGCGCCACCUUCAAGCAGUCGACGCUCGCCCAGCUCGGCCGCGUGCGCGUCCCCGGCCUCGCCGCCCACCAGGCCCUCAUCGUCGUCGCCCACGCCCGCGACGAGGUCCCCGGCUGCGUCCGCGACUUCAUGACCCUCUCCGAGCCCGGCUCCCGCGAGCGCCCCCGCUACGGCCGCCUCGCCGGCCCCAUGGCCAGCGACUAUCGCCGCUGGGGCGAGGUCUGGGGCAUCAAGAACAAGCCCGGCCGCGCGGCUCGCGACGAGGGCUUCGACGCCGUGAUGGGGUCCGGCUCGCCGUUUGAGGUGUACUCGAAGUAUCUGAAUAUCAUGGAGGGCCUCAUAGGGUAUGAGGGGGCUCCAACGGGGGCGAAGAAGGGGGGGAGGUGGGCGAAGAAGGAGAGGGAAGAGAAUGAGAAGAGGGAGAGGGAAGAGAAUGAGAAGAAGGAGAAGGAAGAGGGUGAGGAGAAGGAGGAGGAAGAGAGUGAGGAGAAGGAGGAAGAGAGUGAGGAGAAGGAGAAGAAAGAGAGUGAGAAGAAGGAUGGGAGUGAGUAA